AUGUCGGUGCAUAUAACCAAGGUGGGCAAAGACGUACGGGAGUAUCGAAACGGCACGAAGACGCCCUUAUCAAAUGGUCAUCUCAACGACCGUACUCCCAACCGCAACUUGCCAGCGUCGACCUACCCCUCUAAGGAAUCUGUUCCGGUGUCCGUGGAGAUGUCCCAUUCGACCAGCAAGUGUACAGAUUACGGGGACUAUAUGGAACGCUUGAAGCUCUCGAAAUCAGACCGGUAUAAAUUGUUUUGCGAUGUGCGGGAGCUGGCUAGCGAACAUCUAGACAUGGACAAACUUGUCACAGAGCAGGAACCAGGCAUUUGGGAGAACUUCAUAUCUUUCGCACGUUUCGAACAUCCCAUCGCGAAAGAGACGUUCCCCAUAUUCGCGACUCCUCGGCGCACGGGGAUAUUAAAGAAAUACUUGUCCAAGUACCUACAUCGCCGAAAGUCUCGCGCGCGAGAGAGAGUGGUACAGUCUGACGAGUCAAGAAAACAUCGGCUGCAAGGCGCACGCCGUACGGCCGUUGAUAAGGAGAGCACGGGCUGCCAGGCCUCAAAGGAACCUGCGGAGGAAAGGAAGGCGGAAAACGACGCAGAAGAGGGUGACUACAUGUCCUUGCUAAGCAAGCGAAAUGGAAGUCCUCUCGUAUGGCUAUCCCCGUCGCCAUCCCCGUCGCCGCCGCCAAAGACUGUACCUCCGAGAGUCAACCGCGCGUACGUCGAAAUCAUACAGAACCGCCCCAAGGCGAAACCCCGCUUUUCCGGUCCCGCAAUCCCGUCCAACGCAUCCCCCGGCGACGAUGUUUCAGAAUGUAGCACCCCUCGACCGUGCGCCAAUGAUGAUCAUCCGGUCCAGGCCUUCCUCCGCUCACUCACUCCCAGCUUGGAGUGCUUGUGGCCAGCCCUCGACACUCUGGGGGUAAAGGAUAUGGCCUGGGUGAAUGCCAUUCGCCGUUGGCCCCCCCAUUAUCGAGAUCUAAUGGAGGCGAAGCUCUUGGAGGACAGAGACGUCACCUCCCUUGAUUGCCGUGGCUUGAUGACCGCGAUGUCAUUGCCAGCUAAGGCUGAUAUGGCCAUCCCAUCCUCGAACUGCACUACCACUGGGCAGGAUCGCGUAAGCGAGUUCCUAUGCUCGCUUAGUCCCAGCCUCAGGCAUCUGUAUUCACCACUCAGCAAAAUAGGAAUGAGGGAGUCGUGGCUGGACGCUGUGAUCAGUGGCCGGGAGCCUGACAAAUUUCAUGAGUUGUUGGAGUCGAACCUAGUUUGGACUAGGAAGGCGACUUGGUGUGAAUACGUAGCCAUCCUGGUCGGGUUAGAGAGUAGGGCUAAAGAAAGAGCUCAGAAUGGUGUAUGA